AUGACAAAUGCCGCAGUCGUUCGCUGUCCAUUGAAUUCAUCGCGCGGCGCAGAUAUUCAAUGGUAUGAUGCUCUUCAACAGCGAUACGAGCAACAUCGUGGGCGAUACUAUCGUAUUCAUGGUCUACAACCAUUUCAUCGUGAACUAAUCUGUUCCAGUAUCGUACCUGUUACAAACAAUGAUAACUACAAAUUUAUUCUGCGUAUCUACGAUCGGCCAUUACCUAUUCGACAUCUGUCAGUAUCUGAUACAACACAUACACAUUUAACUGUUCAAUGGAACGAUGAUAGUUACAAUCAAAACGCGAAUAUCACUUAUUAUGAAUUGAUUCUUAAAAAUCAUCAUACGAUUCAACAUCGUAGUUUCGUCAAUCGCACUUUGUCGAAUUAUACGUUUUAUUCUUUGCAUCCGAAUACCAUCUACACGAUUGAUAUAUCCGUUGUUGAUAUCUGGAAACGUUCUAGUCAAACAACGACAAUAACCGGUCGAACGUUAUCUUUAACUUCCAAUGAGAAAAUAUCAUCACAUCAAAUUAUUGACCCUUAUCUAAUUGAUCAAUCGAUUGCAUGUUAUCGUCUCAAUCAACAAUUCUUAUUGAUUGAAUUCAAUCGGACGAGACUUUACAAUCGAAAUCAUAUUUACAAUUUGAAAAUUUAUGAUCAUCAAGAUCAGUUGAUUCUGACCGAUAAUCUCUAUGCGAUCCCGCAGCGUUUACCUAUUAUAAAAACAUCGAAUUCGUUUAUUUAUCAAAUCAAGAGCGAUAUUUCGCGAUACAAAAUGAAAUUAACUAUUUCAACCAACCAGUCUGAAUAUCUCGGCUCGAUAUUGAAUUCUUGUGAAGAUUUCUAUCCAAUAUAUUCUCCAUUAACUUGCUCAAUGAAGUCAACUAAAAAGUCUCACGUUUACCAUUUAACAAUGUAUAUGCAACUCUACAAUAAUCACAAAGAUCUAAUCACAUUACAACCGACUUCGAUUUUCUAUCGAAUCAAUCGAAAUCACAUUGUCAAAAAGUCUAUUCACGACAUUCGGAAAUAUACCACAGCUGACAUAACUGACGUAAAAGAGAAUUAUUCCAUCAUUGUGGAAAAUACACUCAUCGAUGGGGAUCUCAAUGAUCGUCUGAAUAUUUCCAUAUUAUGUUCCAUGAAUCGAAUAGUCACAAUCAAGCAAAGUAAUCUACUAUUAAACAGUAUCAUUAUCGUUCUGGUUGUAUUAAUCAUAUGUUUGACAAUAGUAGCAUUUGUUAUUGCCUAUCAAAAAGGUUUAUUACCUAAUUGUCGUCGUUUCCUUCAUCGCUAUGCAUAUUCGUUUCGUAAAAAUCAUCAUUCAAGGUCAAUAACGACACAAAUGAAUCAUUCACCGAUCCGAAACAAUCAUGAAGAAUUUGAUUCCAUGUCGAUUUCACUCAAUCAAUUUCCAGCACAUGUUGCCAGUCUUCAUAAAGAUAAUGAUUUUGGGUUUAUUCAAUUAUUUGAAGAUAUUUGUGAAGCAUGCAAAACUUAUAAAUUUCCUUCCGAUACUUCUCAAAUCGAUAUCAAUAAAUCAAAAAAUCGCUACAUCAAUAUUCUAACAUACGAUCACUCACGAGUUAAAUUAUCAAGUAAUGAAACAGAUGGGAGGGGAAAUUAUAUCAAUGCAAACUAUGUUGAUGGUUAUAAGAAAACAAAUGCUUAUAUUGCAACUCAAGGACCGAUGAUGAAUACAAUCAAUGAUUUUUGGCGGAUGAUAUGGGAAGAAAAUGUUAGUGUAAUAGUAAUGAUCACGAAUAUAAAAGAGAGCGGACGAGUUAAAUGCGAUGUGUAUUGGCCGUUUGAAGGCACUGAAAUGUAUGGAAAUAUCGAAGUUUGCUUGAUAAAUAUGACUUCACUGGCAUAUUAUGUCAAACGAAUGUUUACAAUUCGAUGUAAAGUCAAUGGACAGUUCAUCGAUUCCGAACGUUUAAUUCACCAUUUUCAUUAUACUGAUUGGCCUGAUCAUGGUGUGCCAUUGUUCACCUUACCCGUGCUUUCUUUUAUUCGACAUUCAUCCUCAUGCAAUCCUGCAACUGGUGGUCCGAUAGUUGUUCAUUGUUCGGCUGGCGUUGGCCGGACCGGAACGUAUAUUAUGAUUGAUACGAUGUUGAAAAAGAUCAUUGAACAACAAUCGUUGAAUAUUCCUUCGUUUCUGAAACAUAUUCGUCAACAGCGAAACUUUCUUGUGCAAACCGAAGAACAAUUUACGUUCAUCUACGAUGUUCUUCUCGAAGCAGUUCAGUUGGAAAAUAUUGGUUGUGCUGAUUUGAAUCUGAAUGAACAAAACUACCAUUCAGUUAUUGAAAUGUUGAACUAUUAUGAUAAAACGUUGAAUUUAACACGAAUUGAAAAGCAAUUUCAAUUGAUUUCAACACAAACUAAUGAACAACAAUUAACUGUUGGACGCAUGAAGGAAAACCUAUCGAAAAAUCGAACCCAAGCCAUUUUACCAAUUGAUUCAUGUCGAGUGACACUUCCGACUGCUGAUAAACGACAAAAAGAUGGAGGAUAUAUCAAUGCAUCAUAUAUUCAUGGUUAUCAUUGUGUUGAUGAAUUUAUCAUCACACAACAUCCGAUGACUAAUACACGAAUUGAUUUUUGGCAAAUGAUCUGGCAUACAAACGCGAAUAUUAUCAUCUCUUUGUAUGGUGAUGAAAAAUCUCAAUCUGAUGUACAUGAUUUCUGGCCAUCCACGAACCAAAUCAUUGAUUGUGGACAAUUCAAUGUCUACUUAAUCGACGAACAAUUCGAAUGUGAAUAUAUCUAUCGGGAUUUUCUAUUGAAAUCUUUCUCGAAAGAACAUUCUCAAGUUCGAGUUCGGCAAAUUUCGAAUACCUAUUGGCCGGAUUCGUGUUCACCGAUCAAAACAUCGUUCAAUCUGAUCAAUCUUGUCAAAACCCUUCGAACCGACAAUCCAAUCGUUGUUCACGAUCUUUUCGGCGGUUACCGAGCUGCUACCUUCUGUGCAUUGCAUACGAUGAGUAAUCAAAUCGAUAAUGAAGGAAUUUUAAAUGUCUAUGAAUUAGCGAAACUUUAUCAUACAAAACGACCGGGCAUUUGGCGUCAUAAUGGUGAUCUGUUAUUUCUUUAUCGAUGUGCUGACGUUCUUUUUCGCGACCAUAAUCCAUCAGUAUAA